AUGAAUAAUGAUAACAUCAAGACUCAAAAUCAUGAGAAUGAGAUGAUUACUCCUUUUUCGAAUGCUGGAUUACUGAGUAGGAUGUCUUUUUGGUGGUUAAAUCCACUAAUGAAGAGAGCUAAGAAGAAGAAGAAGCUUGAAGAUGAUGAUAUACCCAUGUUACGAAAAGAUGAUAGAGCAGAAACAUGUUAUUUGUUGUUCAUGGAUCAAUUCAAGAAUCAAAACCACACCAAACCAUCAAUUUUGCGGGCAAUUGCUUUAUGUUAUUGGAAAGAAAUUCUGAUAUCUGGCUUCUUUGCGCUUCUGAAGGUACUCACUCUUUCCACCACUCCCCUGUUUGUCGGUGCCUUGAUUAAGGUUACAGAAGGAAAAAGAACCUUUAAACAUGAAGGUGUUGUACUGGUUACAGCAUUGUUUUUGGUAAAAUUAUUAGAGUCGCAAUCGAUGAGGCAGUGGAAUUUUCAGAGCGGUUUAAUUGGAGUCAGACUCAAGUCUUUGCUCUCAGCAGCUAUUUAUCGGAAGCAACUCAGGCUUUCUAAUGCUGCUAAGAAUACACAUUCAUCCGGAGAAAUAAUAAGUUAUGUAACUGUAGAUGCUUAUAGAGUAGGCCAAUUCUCUUAUCGGUUUCAUCAUAUAUGGACAGCGGUCCUCCAGACAUGCCUUGGGUUAUUAAUUCUUGUCCAUGCUGUGGGGAUUGCAACACUUGCAGCAUUAAUCAUUAUAGUACUCUCCCUGUUAUGCAAUGGUCCCUUGGCCAAAUUACAGCUUAGAUUCCAGACUAAGCUUGCGGUCGCUCAGGAUAGGAGGCUGAAGGCAAUGUCAGAAGCACUUUUGAACAUGAAAGUGUUGAAGCUGUAUGCUUGGGAGACACAUUUCAAGACUGUUAUUGAAAGUCUCAGAAGAGUAGAAUACAAGUGGUUGUCAGCUGUGCAGUUGCGUAAGGCGUACGACGGAUUUUUCUUUUUGUCAGUUUCCAUAUUAGUCUCAUCUGCAACUAUUGGAGCUUGUUACUUUCUCAAAGUUCCUCUCAAUGCUACAAAUGUUUUCACAUUCAUAGCAACUCUACGCAUUAUCCAGGAUCCUAUUAGAGCAAUCCCUCCGGUUAUCCGAGCAGUAAUUCAUGCAAAAGUCGCGUCACAACGGAUUGAAAAAUUUCUUUCUGAACCAGAAUUGCUAAGUGGAGAUAUCAGGCAUGCUAGAAAAGAAAAGCCACAAAAUAACCAUGCCAUAUAUGCGAAGUUGGCUACAUUUUCGUGGGAAGAAAAUCCAUCAAAUCCUACCUUAACAUCCAUAAACUUAGAGGUCAAAGCUGGUGAGAAAGUGGCAAUCUGUGGAGAGGUAGGUGCAGGUAAAUCAACCCUCCUAGCUGCAAUUCUCGGUGAGGUACCAGAGGUUGAAGGCUCGAUUCAAGUUCAUGGAAAACUUGCAUAUGUCUCCCAGAUUGCAUGGAUCCAGUCAGGAAGUAUACAAAAAAAUAUACUGUUUGGUCGCACAAUGGAUGAGCCGAAAUACCAAGAAACACUGGAAAAGUGUUCCUUGGUAAAGGACCUUGAAAUGCUACCUCAUGGUGAUCUAACUGAAAUUGGAGAAAGAGGAAUUAAUAUAAGCGGAGGGCAAAAGCAGCGUAUUCAACUUGCUCGUGCACUCUAUCAGGACGCUGAUAUCUAUCUCCUUGAUGAUCCAUUCAGUGCAGUUGACACCGUUACUGCUACAAGCCUAUUUAAUGACUACGUUAUGGGAGCUUUAUCAAAAAAGACAGUCUUACUGGUGACUCACCAAGUCGACUUCCUUCCUGCAUUUGAUUCUGUUCUGUUGAUGUCGCUUGGGAAAAUCCAACAUACAUCCUCUUUUGACGUGUUAAUGAGUUCUAGCCAAGAAUUUUCUGGCCUUGUCAAUGCACACAAAGAUAUGGUUAACUGUGACAGGUUACCUGCUAAGGUGAAUUCUCGCCACACUUGCGUUCCACUUGCUGAAGAGACUGUACAACCAUUUGCAGUUGAGCAUCAGUUGAUUAAGCAAGAAGAAAGAGAAUCCGGAAAUAGUUCCUUAAAACCUUACCUGCAAUAUCUAAAUCAAGGCAAAGCCUUGUUUUACUUUUCUUUGGCAACUGUCUCCCAAAUUAUGUUUGUUGUUAGCCAAAUUCUACAAAAUUAUUGGAUGGCUGCAAAUGUUCAGAAUCCUCAAAUCAGCAAAUUGCGACUGAUCCAAGUAUACUUGCUGAUCGGGUUUAGCUCUAUAUUUUGGUUGCUUGUUCAAUCUCUUUCUACAGUUGCUAUGGGUAUCCAUUCAUCUAAGUCCUUUUUCUCUAAACUAUUAAAAUCUCUUUUUCAUGCGCCGAUAGCUUUUUACGAAUCUACACCAUUGGGAAGGAUAUUGAGUCGAGUGUCUUCUGAUUCAUCAAUUGUUGACCUUGAUGUUCCAUUCAGUUUGGUAUUAGCAAUUAUAACUACUCUUAAUACUUGUACGAGUCUCGGGGUAAUGGCUGUUAUUACCUGGCAAGUUUUGUUUGUCACCAUACCCAUGGUAUGCUUGGUGAUAUACUUGCAGAGGUACUACUCAGCUUCUGCAAAUGAGUUGAGGAGGAUUAAUGGGACAACCAAGUCGUUGGUGGCAAACCAACUUGGGGAAUCCAUAGCAGGUGCGAUGACUAUUAGAGCUUUCGACGAGGAAGAAAGAUUCUUUGCUGAGAGUCUCAGUCUCAUCGACAAAAAUGCUAGUCCUACAUUUCACAUAUUUUCCACGAAUCAGUGGCUCUUACAACGUCUGGAAACUCUAAGUGCGACUGUCCUUUCUUGCUCAGUACUUGUGAUGGUGUUGCUUCCCCAGGGAACUUUUAAUUCGGGAUUUAUCGGACUGGCACUGUUUUAUGGUCUCACGUUGAGCUUGUCCCUUGGUGCUUCCAUUCAAAAUCAGUGUACACUAGCAAAUGAAAUUAUAUCUGUUGAACGGCUAAACCAUUACGUGAACAUUCCUAGUGAAGCCUCACAAGUCAUAAAAGGGAAUCGACCGAGACCCAAUUGGCCUACUGCAGGUAGAGUGGAGAUUCGCGAUUUGAAGAUAAGAUACAGGGCCAAUACUCCACUUGUUCUUCAAGGGGUUACUUGCACAUUUGAAGGAGGGCACAAGAUUGGGAUUGUUGGCAGGACUGGCAGCGGAAAAACAACCCUAAUAGGUGCAUUGUUUCGCUUGGUAGAGCCAGUAGGGGGGAAAAUCAUCAUAGAUGGUGUUGACAUCUCCACCAUCGGACUUCAUGAUCUGAGAUCACGCUUAGGGAUCAUACCUCAGGAACCUACUCUUUUUAGUGGGACAGUGAGAUACAAUUUGGAUCCCUUAAGCCAAUACGCGGACCAUGAAAUUUGGGAGGUUGUGGGUAAAUGUCAACUUCUCGAGGCUGUACAAAAUAAAGGCGAGGGUUUGGAUUGUUUAGUUGCACAUGACGGUGCUAACUGGAGCAUGGGACAGAGGCAACUAUUCUGCUUAGGCCGAGCUUUGUUAAGGAAAGGUCAGAUUUUGGUGCUUGAUGAAGCUACAGCUUCAAUUGACAAUGCAACAGACUGCAUUCUACAGAAAAUCAUCAGAACAGAAUUCGCAAAAUGUACAGUAAUCACAGUAGCUCAUAGAAUCCCUACCGUGAUGGACAGUACAUUGGUGCUUGCUAUUAGUGAUGGAAAAAUCGUAGAGUAUGAUGAACCCAUGAAGUUAAUGAAGGAGGAAGGGUCGCUUUUUGGGCAACUUGUCAAUGAAUAUUGGUCUCACUGUCAUUCUGCAUGA